GGCAAGUGCCGGUAGCUCUUGUCAGUGAGGCAGCAUAUCAAGUUGGCUUAUUUACUCUGUCACGGAGCUAAGGAGGGCUUCGUAGCCCCGCGCCGCUUUGUCGGCACAAGUCAAACCGCCGCAAUGCCCAACCGUCACAGAAGUCCAACGGUCUCCGGCGCUGUGACUGUCAGAAAUACUGUGAGAAGAAAUUUCAACUCUAGCGCUGGAAACGGUAGCACGAGUAUCGCUAUAUGUCUGAGAAUGCCACUGGCUUAGCGUAUGUAUUUGCGCGCAUUCGAUUACGGGAUGAAGUUGCUCGCAAUACAUUGUGCCCCAAAGCUACGGUGCGAAGUAUAAGCUUUGUAUACAGGGACAUAGUCUCCCAGGCAGCGUUCAGCGUGCUGUUCUGUGCGCGUUCCUGCAGCCGAGACUCACCUAGAAUGGCUCGGCCCAGGGCAAGCGGCGCACUCGUUGCCCUCGGUGUAGUUGCCGCUCUGUGUUUACAAGGCCAUGUGUUCGCACAGGCUCCCGGCCAGGACAAAAAGAACAUCGAAGGAGAGCUGACCUACAUCGACUACCACGACGGCACGGGCGACUGGGCUCUGUUGGACAAGAGCAACAACGGCCGCAAGUUCCAGCCUCUGGGCAAGGGCAAGAAGCCGCCCAAGAAGGACAAGAACGGCAAAGACCUGGAGCCCGGACAGUACAUGACCAUUGGCUGCACUGUGGACGCCACCACCGGCCAGUGCUCCUUCAUCGACGCCACUGAUGUGGCCAUCCUGAAGCCCGCAUUCAUCCCGCCCGCCACCAACGUACGCGAGCGGCUGCUGGUGGUGAUCGUGGACGCGCCCAGUUGCGGGUCGGGUGCUGCCGCCGGCGCCACGCCCAGCAACCUGGCCACGCUGUACUUCGGCCCCAACUCGGACGGCAAGGGCGGCUGGGCAGACCGACUGGAGACAUGCAGCUACGGCGAGGUGGUGUGGGAGCCGCCCACCAGUGGCCUGACCCAGUUCGUCACCGUCACACCCAGUUGCUCAUGGCCCACCUCCACUUGUGACUCCUGGGCCAUGGCCAACGCCGCCAACACCGCGGCCCAGACCAAGCUGGGUGCCACCGCCUUCGCCACCUUCACCCACUUCCACCUGGUCAUGGCAGUGCCGUCCGCCUGCUCCUGGGCCGGCCUCGCCACCCUGGGCGGCGGCGUGGGCGGCGGCGGCCAGGUGUGGCUCAACACCAACACCUGGACGCAGACCUUUGGCACCUUCCAGGUCCCGCUGCAGGAGUCCAUCCACAACUUCGUGCUCUACCACGGCUUCUCCAGCGGCAUCGAGUACCAGGACAAGACCACCUUCAUGGGCACCGGCCUGGGCUGCCCCGCCAUCACUGAGAAGCGCUGGCUGGGCUGGGCCUCCCCUGUCGCGGGCGGUGACGGCCUGGACGCCGCCGCGCUGCCCGCCGGCGCCGCACUUGGCCCCUUCAACCUGCCCGCGUCCUGGAGCACAGGCCUGGGCAACCACGUGCGGGUGCGGCCCACCUGGACCAGCUUCUACACCAACACGCUGUACGGCAUGAACCUGUACUUUGAGUUCCGGCAGGCCAAGAUGGGGGACAUCAGCCUGGACGCCCUGUACGCCAACAAGGUGGUUGUGCACGAGAUCAUGUCGUACAUGGACAACGACCUCGCCACAUACCGCUCCUCCGACCCCCACUCCAACUACAUGUCCAACGUAGCGCCCAACACCCGCACCGUGCUCAACUCCCCGUCCCUGGGUGUCAGCUACAACCUGGUGAUGUACGUGGGCGCGCAGUUCGGCGCCUCCAGCGAGUUCGUGCCCGUCUACGUGUGCCGCUACGCCACAGCCGACACCGAGUGUGACACGCUGGCAAACGUGCUGGCAAACACACCCAAGAACCCGCCGCCGCCGCCCCGCCCGUCCCCGCCUCCAGCUCCGCCGCCACCGCCGCCGCCGCCGCCGGCCCCUCCGCCACCCCCUUCACCGGCCCCGCCGCCGCCGCCGCCGCCCCGCCCGCCGCCGCCACCGCCUUCGCCCAAGCCGCCACCGCCUCCCUCGCCGCGCCCACCCAAUCCCUCGCCCCCGCCCAAGGGCCAGAAGCCCAAGCCUGGACUGAAUGCACCUCCCCUGCCACCCUUCUUCGAGAGCCCCGCGGUGCGCGCUCCGCCGCCGCCCCGCCGCCGCUCGCCGCCGCCACACCGCCGCUCGCCGCCGCCACACCGCAAGUCGCCGCCGCCGCACCGGCGGCCUCAUCGCAAAUGAUGACCAGGCUGCUGACAACGCGGCGGUCCGCAAUGGGGCUGCCGGACAGCACCACAGCCAGUCGCCAACAUACGACACCUGUGUGUGUAUGUGUCUCUGUGUAUGUGCGUGUGUGUAUGUGCAAGAUUUGGUGCGUGAAUGCUGUGCGGCUGCAGCAAGACAACGCAUGCGGCAGCAGCCAGAAGCGCACCGACCGGACCUGUAUAUAAUCAUCUCAGCUGAGUGCGUGCUCGGUGGAUGGCCGCUCGUGUGAAGUCAAGCCGUGGAGCGCAGCGGCGCGGCACGGGGGGGUAUCAGGUGGCAGGGGUAGCAGGCAGGCUCUUGACCGUCCCUGCGCUUUACCCAAAUCCUUCAUCGCUUGCGCGCCGCGUUCGUUGGUAGACCGCAAGGCACCAAGGAUCUCCUUUAACAUAUCUAUACAGACAUUAUUUGCAAACGUGUACGUUUGUGCACAAUUGAUUAACCUGAACCGGCGCCGCCGCUGCACAUACGGUGACCAUCAUGAGAAGCAUGCAGUAGGAACGGGCGGUGGUAGCUGAUAUGACAGUAUGAACCUUGCCGCGCCUGGGACAGAUGCCUUUGCAAGACUCUGCUGUGACUCGGGCAGUCCGCCUGUGUGCACCGGGCCCCACUGCACGUGGCGGCGGCAAGUCCAGUGGUGGCGGCGAACGGCCUGUGUGUGCGUGACAGUGCUUGCGCGGGAGCAGGGGGAGGAGGGCGUGGCGCACGCAACCUGAGGCGGCUGGUAGGAGCGGACGGGUGAUCGAUGCGGCGGCACGGCUGCGGGCCCCUUGCCGGCGGGCUGCUGGCUGCGGGCGCCGCCAUGCGUGUGCACAGUUGCACACAGGCAUGCAUGCGGCGGUGGCUCGGCACCAAACACAAGCAAGGCUGCCGCCCGCCACACGCCGUCACACGCGCGCGGGCACUACCUUGCUGUGUUUGCGACUUCGCUCACUUGAUUCCCGCGGUGCUGGUCGGUUGAUGGGCCCAAUACGUUACAUAUCUUACGCAUGGUUCGUGCCCAUGUGGGGCAGUGGUUUUGAAGGCUGUAUGGGUAGUUCCAAGGUUCAUACUUUGCGGUGUUCAACUGUACAUAAGGCGAUACGGCACCGUACGUGAGUAGUAAGCAAUUCAUCCACUGAGCGCCAAUCCAUGACUGUCUUUGUUUCUUACCGGAGACUACAAGACGGA